AUGAAUAAUAAAUCCUAUUCAAAAGAUGAAAGCCUCAAUCAAAGUAAAAGCGUCAUAAAAUAGGGUGAUGACGAUCCUUAUGAUCCGAAAGAAUAAAUUCUACCUUCAGAAUAUUAAGAAAUGGACAAUCUUGAUGAAACUUAGAACAUAACAUUUAAUUUUUCUAACUUUCAUAAAAUUCAUAUUCCAAUCUCUGAUUUCCCAAUAUUAAUUUCCUUAUAGAAAUUUUAUCAAGAAGAAUUUAAAUAACUAAUUUAAAAUUUUGAAUUGAAUUGCCAAUUUAAUAAAUAAGGUUUGAAUAUUGAAACCAAGGCUGAGGAAAAUUAUCAUAAAGACUUAAAAAAUGAAAUACAAAAAUAUAUUGAAAAAAUAUAUACAUAGAAAUUAGCUUUGGAUUAUGAUAGUUCCAGAGUAUUUUUUAGAUCAAAUUAUAUUCUUAAUUAAUGUGCAAAACUUAAAUAUUUUAUUGUGAAAUAUAAAAAUUCCGAUUAAAAGAUUGAGAUUCAUUUGGUAAGUAAAUAAGAAGAUAUCAAUAUUGUUGCAAAUAACUUAUAAUAAACACUUAAAGGUUUAAGAAUAUUUUUUUUAGAUGUUACCAAUCAUAUGACAACCCCAAAAGUUAAUAUUGAUUAUAAAAACUUACUUGCAUAAUUAAGAUAAUAAUAUUUUAAAAAAAUCAUUUCAGAUGAUCUAGAAGAAUCAUUUGCAAAUUUAGAAUUUUAAGAUGUUAUAGAUGUAUAAAAACCAUAUAGUUCAGUUAUAUUAGGAUUUAUAUUUCCUUAUGAUUUAGAAGGAAAAUAAUAAUUAUGUUAAGAUAUAUACUCAUUUCUUAAAAAAAAGAUCUCAUCAUUAUUUGCUAUAUUCAUAUAAUUUAACCCUACUGAAGAAAAUUUGUCUCAAGCCAGAUUAAUUGAAAAUUUGGUAAUUAACUUUAAAUAAAAAAAUCGCUUUUAAUGUGUAUGUUAGGUAGAUUAAGCUUUAAAAGUAAUUGCCAUUUUAGGCACUCCAGAGGAAAUUAAAAUCGUUUUUAAUGAAGUAUUAAAAGAGAAAAAAGAUAAAUUUAGCUAAGAAUUAAUUUCAAGUUUUUCAUUAUGUGUGUUAAAGAAGAAUUUUGAAUUUAAUCCAACAUAAUAAAUGUAUUUAUUUAUAUUAUUAUUAUUCAAGAGGUUCAUUUGAAUAAUAAGUAUCUGAUUAUUUAAAAUAAAAAUAAAAUAUACAAAUCUCGAAUAAUGAUUAGCUCUAUAUAAUUAAAUUCCUUGUCAAAACUAAAUUUGAAUCUCAUUGUAUUAUUUUAAUUUAUUUAGGUAACUUGAUAAAUUUUUUAUGUGAUAAAAAAAUUUCAUAAGAUCGUGAUAAAGUCUUGACUUAAGAAUUAGAAAAUAUCAUAAAAAGAGUUAAUGCACUAAAACUUGAAGGAAAAUUAGUAGAAAGAUUACAACAAAAACCAGAAAGAGUUACUUAUGUCCAAAGAUAGUAUUAAUAUAUAUCAGAAUAACAAUAAAAUCAAAAUAAUCAGGCACUACAUCAAAAUCAAGAGCCAUCUCAAAAUUAAAGAAGAUAAUAAUAACCAAGACAAAUCUAAAAUCCAAUACAAAAUUAGAUACUUCCUUAAAAUUAAGUUUAGCCUAAUUAAUAACAAGAAUAGUAGUAAUAGCUACCUUCAACAAAACAAACUACUUCUGAAUCAUAGUCAGACAGUGGACUUGAAGGAAGACAAUAAAUACUUUCUUUAUUUGCAAGUAUAAACUCAAACAGUGAAUAAUAAUUACCCAAAAAAGAAAUCAUCUUUAAUGAACCAAUAGUUUUUAACAUAAAUGAUGGAACUGGUAAAAUUAAGGUAAGUUAAAAUUAUUAAAAUUAUUUUAAAUAAUUGAUUAGUUAAAAUAAUAAUUAAGUUAACGAGGGAUUUAUUAGCAUCGAGGAAGAUGUAUUUUUGAAUCUAAAAUCAUUUAAAAAAGAAUUAAAAAUAUAUAAAGAACUUCAAUAAGUGAUAUCUUAAUAAGACUAGAUAAUAGUUAAAGUUUAAAUAAAUGGAAAUGCUGAUUUAAAUAAGAGUAUUAAUGAAAAUGAUGAUGAAAAACAAGAUGAACAACAAAAUUAACAAAAAAAUUUUUACACAGUUACGGAUAAUAAUUAAAUAUGUCCUGUUGAGAAAAUUUUAAAGUGA